AUGAAGACCACGGCUGGAGUGCUGGUCGUUGCUGUCAGCAGCCUGGCUGUAGGCGCCAACGCCGCAAAGGAAGCUCCACCGGCGCCCACGGGGAGCAGCUACGCCUCGGGCUUUGACAUGACCCGGAGUUGGGCAAAUCUGAGUCCGUAUGAGGAGGCGGAUGGCUUUGGCGUGCCCAAAGGAUUGCCCCACGGCUGUGAGUUGUCCCAAGUCCAUGUGCUGCAUCGCCAUGCCGAACGCUACCCGACCCCCUAUCCUUUGGACGGGCAAGGGAUGGAGGACUUUGCCGCCAAAUGGAGCAACUACACCAAAGCUCAUCAAAAAGCCUCGGCCACGGGUCCAUUGAGCUUUUUGAAUGACUGGGAAUAUAUCCUGGGCGAGGACACCCUGCUGGAAUCCGGCGCAGCGACCGAGGCCACCUCAGGGGCCAGCUUCUGGAUCAAGUACGGACGGCUACUGUACCGUGCUAACCGUCAUAACGAAGCGGCCUGGAAUGCCUCGUUGAACGUGUAUCCAAACGGCACGGCGCGUCCAAAGCCGGUCUUUCGCACGACCUCCCAGCCGCGGAUUCUGGAGAGUGCUCGAUGGUGGCUCAGUGGAUUCUUUGGCAAUACCGGUGCCAACAGUUCUUAUGACCAAUAUGACCUGGUUGUCAUUCCAGAGAUGUCCAAUUUCAACAACACACUGGCCUCGUACGACUCGUGUCCCGGGGAUAUGACCGAAGGGGAUGAUUCCGCACAGGAAUUCAUUCCCCGGUAUACUGAGCACACCGUCUCCCGUCUGUCCGAGUAUCUGCCCAAGGACUUUAACUUGACGGCUUUUGAUGUGCUAGCGAUGCAGAAUAUCUGCGUCUACGAGUACACCGGCCUUGGGGGUUCCUCAUUCUGCUCACUCUUCACCGAACAAGAGUGGAAGGAUUUUGCCUAUAAUGUCGACGUGCAGUACUACGGGGACUAUGCCUACGGCUCUCCCACAGGCCGUGCCCAGGGCAUCGGCUAUGUCCUUGAACUGGCGGCUCGGUUGCAGGGCAAGCUGAUCUACUCAAGCGACACGAGCAUUAAUUUUACCUAUGACAAUAAUCUGGCCCAAUUUCCGCUCGACCAGCCCUUCUACCUCGACAUGUCGCAUGACGAUAUCAUCCUGUCCGUCAUCACUGCGUUGGGAUUGCGCUAUUUCAGAUACGGACCACAUGGACUGCCCGGGAAUGUCGACCAUGCGCUCAACCGGACUUUUGCCCUGAGCCAGAUGACGCCAUUCGGAGCGCGUCUCAUGUCGGAGGUUUGGACCUGUCCUGGUAAUGUGUCCUUUGACUCGCUGGCCCCGGUGCUAUAUCGUAAUCCCCAGGUCGAGCGCACUGUAGACACGACCAGAUUCAUCCGCUUCGUUCUGAACGGAGCUCCCCUGCCGCUGGAUGGACUGGUGGGCUGUGAACAGUCGCGCCAUGGGUUCUGCCCAGUCGAGGAUUUCUUGAGUGGUGUUCCGACGCUGAAGAAAGAGGCAGAAUAUCAAAAGGCCUGCUUCGGACAUUACCCGACUGGAAGCCAAGUGGGCAAUGGCGCUCCAGAUUCUUGA